AUGUCAUUACGAAAUACCUGGGCUCAUUACAAGUGGGCAAUCUUCUAUUGCGCCGUUUCGGCCAUUGGAGCUCUCUGCUAUGGCUACGACAAUACAUAUUACAACGGAGUAUUAGCUAUGCAGGAGUUCAAGAAUGACUAUGGAAAUAUUCGCGAUACCGACGGCAAGCUCGCUCUGUCUUCAUCCUUUCAGUCCGUGACAGCCUCCGCCAUUUACAUCGGCGACUUGCUGGGCGCAAUCAUUGCCGCUCCGCUCAAUGAUCGGUACGGCAGAAAGUCUACGUUUUGGCUGGCUUCGCUCUGCAUAUUUAUCGGCGGCAUUUGUCAAGUCGCAGACACGCUCAGCUCACAAGGCCUUCUUGUGGUCGGACGUAUCCUGAUUGGCCUUGGAGUCGGCCAAUUUACCGUCACUUCGCUGUUGUACAUUGGCGAAGUUGCACCCCCCUCAAUUCGUGGACCAGCGCUUAUGUGCUUCCAAUUUCUCCAAUCUUGGUCUCAACUAUGCGCGUCUGCGAUCAACCAGGGCACCCAAAACAUCAAAAGCUCUCUCGGAUACCGUAUUCCCAUGGGAGGUCUCGUCGUACUUCCCCUGAUAAUGGCCGCCCUUCUUCCGUUCAUCCCAGAGAGCCCGCUGUGGUACGUGCUCAAAGGCCGUCGUACGGAGGCCGAGCAAAGUUUUCGCAAAAUCAAUCAAAGCAAGCCCAGCUACGACCCAUCAGAGGACAUGGCAACUGCUGAGAAUGCGAAGAGCGUAGAAGAGCAGCAUGCUGAGUUCUCUUCCUGGGGAUCUCUGAUAACGGACCCUAUCGAAAGACGCAAGCUGACAUACUCCGCUGGAGCUAUGUUCAGCCAACAAAUCUGUGGCAUUCUGUUCUUCUACGUUUACGGCGUCGUCUUAGUCCAGGCUAUUGGAUUGGGCGACCCUUUUCUCGUUCAACUUAUCACCAAUAUAGUCCAAAUCUUUGCCGUGGGCGCCUCGGUAAUUACGGCCAACAGAGUGCGCCGCCGUGUCAACCUCAUGAUCACCAACUUUAUGAUGCUGGUGGCUUUCAUCAUAAUCGGUGGGAUCUCGAUCAAGCCACUGACAUCUUCAACGCAAUACGUUAUUGUAGUGUUUUCCUUCAUUGUCGUGGUUGGCUUCAACUUCGGUCUUGGCCCCCUUGCGUAUACCGUCGCUCGAGAAAUGGCAGUCGGCCCCAACCAGAACAAGAUCAUGUCUGCGAGUAUCGUCAUUUUCUACCUGACGACCUGGGUAGUAUCGUUCACCGCGCCGUAUCUGUACUAUGAUGCCGGGCUAGGCCCGAUGGUGGGCUUCGUAUACGCUGGCACGACGUGUCUCUCCAUACUUUGGACAUGGUUCUGUGUCGGCGAAACCGCUGGCAGAUCAAGUUUGGAGAUUUCAAUGUUUUUCGCUGAGAAGGUUCCUGUCAGGGCUUGGAGGAGACAUAUGGUCUCGGACACUCAGUCCUUGAGAGAGAUGAACUCAGAUGACAAAAGCAAGGACAUGCAAAAUGUCUCAACAACGGUAGAGCACCAAGAGUUUUCUGUUUAA